AUGGCGACAUCGGCAGCGAGGCCCGAGGUGGGCGAUAUCCUGCUCGUCAUCCAUGACUUCACUGCCCGAAGCUCCGAUGAACUGACCCUGGCAAAGGGUGACCGCGUUGAAUUGGUCGAGAGGGACGACGAGUUCGGCGAUGGGUGGUUCCUGGGCAAACAUUUGGUCAACGGCAACAGUGGCCUGUUUCCAGAAGUCUAUACCCGUCCAGCUCCUAGCAAUAGCAACGCCGUCAAGCCCGCUCCACACAUUACUGCGACGUCGUCGCAGCCGCAACAGCAACAGCAACUACAGCCGCAACCACAACCUCAACCACAGGCCCCGCCAGUUCAGCCUGUCGAAGCUCCUACACCGGUGCAAGUCCAAUCGCCGCCACAGCCAGCCGCUCCGGCAGCCGAACCAGCAGGAGCUGCUCUGUCACCGCCGCCUGAGUUGAAGGCUGCAAACAGCCCAGUGACGCUGCCGUUGUCUUCAUAUAGUGCACCCACUUCUGCCACCAUCCAAAGUAAGAGUCCUCCAGUCUCAGCUGGAUUCUCGCGCUUCAACCAGGGCCAAGACAACCACGUUCUCCACGAAACCCUCAACGUCAUUGACGAGCACAUUGACGACCUUCGAUCUACCCCAAGACAUGGCAGUGUCUCGCGGCAUGCCAACGAUUCUGGAAGUGAAUACAGCUCAUCAAACAUAGACCACCGGCUAUCCUACAUCGCAGGGGAGGAGACAGACGAAGAGGAGGACGGCGCACACUCUCGCUCCGAGGUUGAGUCUUGGACACCCGACGAGGUCGCCGAGUACCUCUUUACUUCCGGGGUGGAGAAGCACCAUUGCGAGGUAUUUCGGGAUCAGGAGAUUACUGGGGAGGUGCUUUUGGGUAUGGAUCAAACAUCACUCUUCAUCAAGGCCUUCGAUCUCGGCUCCGUAGGUCGGAGGCUGAAGACCUGGCAGAAGGUCAAGGCAUUACAAGACGAGGUCAAUGGGCUCUUUUCACGUCCUACUACGCAGACGUACGGCAGCGAAGCAGGGUCGGAUGUUGGCAGACGGAGCAGGAGCAGGAACAACACCAUCACCUCCAUCAGCAGGCUUCCACCGAUCGAUGAUCGGCCCAUGUCACAACAGAAACGGAGGUCUGUCGCAACGACGCCCAAGCUCGAGCCUGCGGGCAUGCCCGGAUCUCCCGUGUCACCAAGAACACUUCUGGACAGCCCUUCCCGACCAAACCACGAGAAGCGUCCCUCUGCCGCAUCAAUCCGCGAUCUGCAUCAUUCUAGGAGACAUUCGUCGACGGAUUUCCGGCUUCCAGGGACGAGCCUCAACAGCGCUGGUCCUACGCCAAAGUUGAUGCCCAGUGGUUCAUUCCCUCUACAGGAAUCAGCCCAUAAGAAACAGCCGUCCUUCGACCGGAACUGGACACUCGGAGGCGCCGCCGCUGUUCCCAGGCCCGUGUCUGGCUCCAACUUCCUCUCUGCUGAUUCUGAAUUGCAGGAUUCUGCCGUUGAUCUCGACCGCGGCUAUUUCUCUAGUGCAGAAGGCGGCAGCAGAAAUCGAAACGUGCUUAAGAAGCGCGACAGCACAGCGUCACACUCACGCAAUACAAGCUACACGGAAGAGCAGAGGGUCAGGAGCGCAACCACCAUGGCCCGCCACUCAAGGUUUGGUAGUAUUGGCUCGAUACGAGGUGAGCCCCUGUCGCCUGCUGCUCAGAAGUACUACGGCGCGCCGGCUGCGAAUGGGAGUCAUAGGAGGACCCUCUCGACAAACACAACUGAGUCUCUGCGCCCUGCGGUACCAAGCAAAGAUAGUCCUCCGACAGUCACAAAGCUUGACACCGCAUCCGCAGACAACCUCCGCCCCUCGCCGUCUCUACCGGUCUCACCUGCUCACCGUCAAGCCCUAGCCAACGACUUGAUGCAGAAACCACUCAAGACUAGUGGAGUGAGAGCCAUAUCCGAUGCGGUCACUGGACAGGAGCGCGCAAAGAUUGCACCAGCUCUCGACUCACCGCUACGAGACUCGCCGAUGCAGUCUCCCUCUAGAACAGGUUCUAGUACGCCUUCAAUGGGGCCAAGCCUCGAACUAGAAUCUCCUGAUGUCUCGAAGAGUCCAGGCACUCUGGCUACUGUAGGAAGCCGCGGUAGCAAGAAGAAGGGCAAGAAAGAGACAAGUGCAUACACGCGUGGCUUGCUGAAGGUCUCACCACGCGAUGCAAUGGUGGACGCAGACUACAGCGGCUGGAUGAAAAAGAAGAGCAACGGCCUCAUGACAACAUGGAAGCCAAGACUGUUUGUUCUCAAGGGCAGACGUCUCGCAUACUACUACUCGGAGGACGACGAACAGGAAAAGGGCCUCAUCGACAUAUCCUUCCACAGGGUUCUGCCAGCCGACAAUGAGAGGCUGACGGGCCUCCAUGCAACGCUCACAGGAGCAUCAAACUCUCCUGCAGUCCCCGUCAACAGCAACGUACAGACGAUAGCUGCCACCGAGGCUGAUGCAGACCCGACAGCAGCGUCCGACUCUAUAUUCAUCUUCAAGCUAGUUCCUCCCAGGGCAGGUCUUUCUCGUGCUGUCAAUUUCACCAAACCAACCGUUCACUACUUUGCUGUGCCAAAUAUCAAGCAGGGUCGGCUCUGGAUGGCAGCUCUUAUGAAGGCGACCAUCGACAGAGAUGACCAACAGCCGAUAGUUACUAGCUACCAGCAAAAGACCAUCUCUCUCGCAAAAGCUCGUCAAAUGCGCCACAGGCCACCUGCGCUCAUGAAUCUGGAUGAAAAGAUGGAGGCUGGCGAAGACGAGUCGCCAGACCCCAGCAAGAGCGUAGACGGUGGCGGUUUGGGCAUCUAUAAUGGCAAUGGCAACGGUGAGGACAGCGCAGUUGCCGGGCUUGAGAAGCUUGGUCUGUCCAAAGUGGAGAGUGUUGGGAGCAGGAGAGCCUUCCCUUUUAUUGGAAACGGUGAGGUCUCGCCGGCGAACUUGCCUCAGAGUGCGUAG